AUGCAAUGUGAAGCUCUUGCGCGCCAAUUGAGGGAGUGCUGCGAUGCCCACCGAGGAGACUGGCUCCAUUCCCAGAUCGCUGGAAGCAGCACUCACGGGAAGAAUGUCUACCUCUCCAAUCUUGUCGUGGAGAUGUAUGGGCGGAUUGGCUGCCUCGAUCGCGCGAGAGCGGUCUUCGGCAGCAUCGAGGAGCCAAACCAGCACUCCUGGAACAUCUUCCUGGCGGCGAUCAUUCGAUGUGGGCAUUUGGGUGAUGCCGAGGACGUGUUUGAGCGCAUGCCGUGCCGGAGUAUCUUUUCGUGGGGCAGUAUGGUGGCUGGAUAUGCCCGCACUAAUCGAGUCGAGAAGGCAAAGCAGGUGUUUGAUGGAAUGCCGGAGCACAACGUCGUGGCUUUGAAUGCCUUAGUAUCCGCAUAUACCCAAACUGGUCAUCUGGACAAAGCGCUGGAAUUUGCCAAUGGCAUGGUAGAGAUAGACGUGGUUACUUGUAACACAAUACUCAAAGCUUUCGCUGGCCUGGAAAUCAACCAAGCCAAAGCAUGGUUUGAUUUGAUGGCCCAAAAAAACAUCGUCUCCUGGAACCUCAUCCUUGAAGGAUUUGCCUCGAGAGGGCAAGUAGGACUUGCGAAGAACAUCAUGCUCUCAAUGCCGGAACACAAUCUCGUGUCAUUCAACAGCAUUCUCUCGGGCUAUUCCCAGCGCCAUAAGCUUAGUGAAGCUGAGGCACUUCUAGAAAAGAUGCCGGAGCUCGAUUUAAAUUCGAUCACGACGAUGAUGAACGCCUAUGCCGAGAGUGGCGAUCUUGAAAAGUGUAGAAAGUUGUUUGAGAGCUCCUUGCAGCUAGACAAGCUCGCAUUCACCGCCAUGCUGCUCGCUUACGCCCAAAAUGGGCAUCUUGCAGAGGCAGUGGACGUUUUCUACACGAUGCCACAAUGGGACGAAGCAUCAUGCUCGGCGCUGGUUUUGGCAUAUGCCCAGCACGGGUAUAUGGACGAGGCAGCGGCAUUGCUGGAGAGGUUCUCACUGAAAAGCCCAUUGUCAUGGACCAUGGUUACGGUCUCGUAUGCCCAAAAAGGGCAUCUCCAGGACGCAAAAUCCAUCUUCGACGCGAGCCCAGGCAAGGACGUCGUCUCCUGGACUUGCAUGCUCCAAGCUUUUGCAGACGCUGGAAAGCUCGAGAUUGCAAGAACCAUCUUCGAGAGAAUGCCCAAGAGAGAUGUGGUUUCCUGGACCACAAUGGUUCAAGCUCUCGCCAAGAACAAGCAAGGGAAAGAAUCGCUGGAGCUUUAUCGGUGGAUGCAUCUCCAAGGUCUAGAACUGCGAGAACAAACCUUUGCAAACAUACUUAGCGGCUGUAGCCAUGCCGGGCUUGUGCGCGAGGCUUGCCACUACUUCCUCUCCAUGAGAAGCGAUCACUACAUUCUUCCCAUAAAGGAGCACUACACUUGCGUGCUCGAUUCCUUCUCGCGAGCCGGCCAGGCCAAAGCAGUGGAAGAUCUCUUGGAAGCAAUGCCUUUCGAGCCGGAUUCCCCAGCAUGGACCACUUCGAUCCCUCUCUCAAGGCCAUGA